AUGCCAAGAAAAACUUAAACAAUCAAGGAUGUGAUGAAAGAGAGCUAGCCAAUUAUUGAUUAAAAAUUAGGAACUACAAGAAGUAAAAAAGUAAAGAAAAAUGACUCUGAAGAGGAGUCUGAUUUUGUUACUACUUCAAGCAAAUCUAAAUAAAAGAACUCUAGCGCCUCUUCGAAAGUUAAGUCUGCCUCAAACAAAUAGAAACCAUCCAUUAAUGAAUCCAAAGAUGAUCCUAAAGAUAAAUUGUCACCUGAGUUAAAGCCAUCCUCUUAACGUCAAAAAGCAAGAACUAAGGCUGAAAAAAUGUAGGAGAAGCAUAAUUCUAAAGCAGAAGAGGUAAAAGCUAAGUAAUAAAAUGAAGAGGGGGAUAAAGAAUAGGAUAGUGAUAAUUAGAAUAAAAAUGAACCAAAUUAGAAAGUAGGUUAGGCGGAAGAGGAAAAUAAAGAUAACAAAGAUAACACUAAAGAUAAGUAAAAUAAUGAAAGCCAUUAAUAAUAAAAUCUAAAUUCUAAUGAUAAGAACUAAAAUGAUAACUAAGAAAAUUCUAAAAAUUAAGAAUAAGAACUAAUUAAGCCAGUGGAAUAAGAGAAAGAUGUUAAUAAUAAGGAAUUAUUAGAUAAGGGAGAUGAUUAAGAACAAAAUAAACCAUAAGGAGAGAAUAACCAACUAUAAAACAAAAAUAAUAAUAUUGAUGAGUCAGAUAAGAAAGCAAGUAACGAUUAAUUAGAGGAAAAAUAAAAUUAAUAGCAAAAUGAAUCAAAUUUAAAAGCAAACUCUAAAAGCAAUAUGAAUACUACUGAAAAUGAAGGUAAUAAUAAGGUUGAUUAGUAAGAUCUAAAGUCAAGAGAAGAGGAAACAAAAGAAUAGUUAGAAAAAUAACUAAAAGUGGCUCCUAAUCCAGUCUAAAAUUAAGAAACAGAUGUAGACAUUGUGUUUUGUUGUGAUAUCAAUCUUUUGGAGGGUCGUACUAUUGAUUAAUUAAAGAAUACCAUAGAAUAUGUAAUUUAGUAGUUAAAAUAGAAACAACACUUAAGUUCAAGGAUAAAAUUUAGUAUAGUUAUUUUUAAUGAUAUAAUUGCAAAUUAGAAGAUUCAAUAAUGCUAAGUGAUUGAUCUGUGUGAUGAAGCAGAAAUCUUAUAAAGUCUUGAGGAAAUCAAAUAGAUGGGAUAGGCAGAAAUAAAGAAGGGAUUAUAUUAUGGUUUAAAAUUGGCAACCUAAAAUACUAAAUGGAGAAAAGAGAGUAAAAAUAAAUCAUAUAGAUAUAUUAUUCAUAUUGCCAAUCAGCAUUUAGAACUAGACAAUAAAUCAGAAGAGUUAGAGUUUAUAAUUUAGGAAAUGAAUAAUAAAAACAUUAGAUAUAAAUACUUAAGAAUUGAUAAAAGGAUUGAUUUAGAUUUUGAUGGGAAACAAUAUUUUCAGAAUAAAUUGAACAGCUAUGAAGAAAGUUUCUUGAAAGAGUUUGGAUGCCUUAAAAAUGUUGUUAGUAGCAUUAUAUUGAGAGAACUUAUACAUGAGAAUAAUAAAUGAUUGUUUAUUUUUAAGCAAAUUUAUUGAUAUAUCUAAUGA